CUGCGGUGCCAGCCUCAUCCCGGCCUGUCUGAACCACCGCGGCUGUGAGAGAGGAGCCGGCACUGGUAAAACACGCUUUGAUUGCCGUGUUUCUGCUUGGACCGAGCGUCGUCCUGAAACACGGGCUGGUUUAGAGGGGAGCAGAUCCCUGGGAGAUGCGGUGGAAACCCAGAGCAGACAGAAACAUGUAAUGGUUGUGUUUGUAACUGGUAACAGACCAUACUGUCCAUCUGCCUUAACACCAGUCGCAGUCCUUCAGAUUGUGAAGGAGUCUCAGCAGCAGCACGGUUUACGACAUGGAGACUUCCAGAGGUACAGGGGUUAUUGCUCCCGUAGGCUAAGGCGGCUCCGAAAAACUCUCAACUUCAAGAUGGGAAACAGGCAUAAGUUCACUGGGAAGAAAGUAACUGAAGAGAUUCUCUCUGACAACAGGUAUUUGCUGUUGAUUCUAAUGGAUGCAGAGAGAGCCUGGAGUUACGCCAUGCAGCUGAAACAGGAAGCAAACACGGAGCCUCGCAAACGAUUUCACUUGCUGUCUCGCUUGCGUAAAGCCGUGAAACACGCUGAGGAGCUGGAGCGACUCUGUGAAAGUAACCGGGUGGAUGCCAAAACAAAGCUGGAAGCUCAGGCGUACACAGCGUACCUCACGGGAAUGCUUCGCUUUGAGCACCAGGAGUGGAAGGCAGCGAUGGAGGCUUUCAACAAAUGCAAAACCAUAUACGAGAAGCUGGCCAACGCUUUCACAGAAGAACAGGCUGUGCUGUAUAACCAGCGUGUGGAAGAGAUCUCACCCAACAUUCGCUACUGUGCCUAUAAUAUUGGUGACCAGUCUGCCAUGAAUGAGUUGAUGCAGAUGAGACUGAGGUCUGGUGGCACCGAAGGUCUUCUUGCAGAAAAACUGGAGGCGCUGAUUACCCAAACUCGAGCAAAGCAGGCAGCCACCAUGAGCGAGGUGGAGUGGAGAGGAAGAACCGUUCCCGUGAAGAUAGACAAAGUGAGGAUCUUCUUGCUGGGACUGGCCGACAACGAGGCAGCGAUUGCUCAGGCAGAAAAUGAGGAGACAAAGGAACGUUUGUUUGAAUCUUUACUCAGUGAGUGCAGAGAUGCCAUUCAGGCUGUUCGGGAAGACCUGAAACCAGACCAGAAGCAGCGGGAACACUCUCUGGAAAAUGAUUCUGGGAAGGUGUCCAACAUCCAGUACUUACACAGUUAUUUGACUUACAUCAAGUUGUCGACAGCCAUCAAGCGCAAUGAGAGCAUGGCGAAGUCUCUGCAGAAGGCACUGCUGCAGCAGCAGCGCUCGGAAGAGGACGGCAAGCGCACGCCGCGGCCUCAGGACCUGAUCCGUCUGUACGAUAUCAUUUUGCAGAACCUCGUGGAACUGACACAGCUUCCUGGCCUAGAAGAGGACAAGAACUUCCAAAAAGAGAUUGGAUUGAAGACACUUGUGUACAAAGCUUACAGGUGUUUCUUCAUUGCACAGUCCUAUGUCCUGGUAAAGAAAUGGAGUGAAGCUCUUGUUUUAUAUGAAAGAGUGCUGAAAUAUGCCCGUGAAGUUCAGGCAGGAGCUGGAGCUCAUAAGAACAGCUUAAAGGAGCUGCCUGAUGUCCAGGAUCUGAUCACUCAAGUCAACGCAGAGAAAUACUCCUUGCAAGCAGCAGCUAUACUGGAUGCAAAUGAUACCCAUGAGACUGAGUCUCCAUCUCAGGUCAAGGAUGGCAAGCCACUCUCGGAACGGUUUGAGACGUUCUGUCUGGAUCCGUCUCUUGUCAGCAAGCAAGUCAGCCUCGUGCACUUCCCGCCGGGCUUCCAGCCCAUUCCCUGCAAGCCCUUGUUCUUUGACCUGGCCCUUAAUCAUGUUGCUUUCCCACCUCUGGAGGACAAGGUGGAGCAGAAGGCCAAGAGUGGCCUCACGGGAUAUAUCAAGGGCAUCUUUGGAUUCAAAAGUUAACCAGGACCUCCUGAGGAACAGAGGUUUUAUUCUGCAUUGAAGAAAAAGCUCCAAGAGGUUCUAGAACACAAAUAUCUGCACCUGGAACCGACAGAGGGAGGUUUUACCAUCUUCUUCCCUGUGUUCUGUGUAUCUGUCUGUGCACUUACAUUCUCUCCCAGUGUGUUAAAGACAAACAAUCUAUUCAUACGUACACUAUAAAUAGCUGAAAAUAAUCUGGAGCACAGAGAAAUUCCAUUCUGCUUGGAGAAAUUGGAGCUUGCUUUGUGACCAGUGGCCUGUUCAGGGCUGGUACACAUCUACUUACCAUGGACCAGGACAUAGGUAUAAUUUGAUUGUUCCCUCCUCCCCAUUAUUCUACACUAUGAUUUGGUAUUUUGGUCUGAAAGUCUGGGUGCGAUGGGGAAACAGAGGCAAAAGUAGAUGCAGAGCUAAACCAGCAAGGUGAGGCUGUCUACGCAAAGGCUGUGAAACAGUAGCCAAGGGGAUUAACUUCUCUUCCCUUUUGACUCCCAGCCCUCACUGAGAAACACGUAUAAAGAGUCUCUGUGUUUUUUAAAAAUGUAACAUUCAGAAAUGACGAAAUAGAGCCUCUUAUUGAAAAGGAUGGCAGAUAUCAAAUGUUAAUGGUUACCUAGUUGUGCUGGAGUAUGACCCAGAUUUGUACUCUGGGCCAAUUGGAUCCUUCUUUAUGGAUACUCGUUUUGUUAAAUGCCUAAAUACAGCAUAGAACUGACUCUUACAAGGUUUUUCCUGCAAAACUGGCUUCAUGGGUGGCUUUAGGAAUAGCUACUUGCUCUUCAUGGGAAGUUGGGUCUGUCGAUGUUAAUUUGGUCUCUGAUCUAAACCUUGCCUGAAAACAAGAUGCUGUUUUUCUGGAGUUCAUCUGUCGCUUUUUCCUCAUCUUUGGUCAGUAGAUACACCUGAAAUGAGGAAUAAGCAACAGGAGACAGUAGGUUCUGGAGUGAUAGGUGUUCUCUGUCGUGCCAGACAUAUUUUUAUAAAGCUCCCAGAUGCUAUGGUGAUACACUUUCAAAAUGCAGCUGACUUCAUAAUUGUGAUCAUUUAAACGGCACAAAAAACACAGCACAUGGGCAGAACUGUUCCUAAAUAAAGUAAGUGGAGGUUUCCACCAGCAGUGUUUGGGUUUGCACUCAGUCUGUAGCUGGAAGCUGAAACAACAGUUUGUUCUGGCUGCCUGAGCUCUUCUGCACCCGUUGGCUUGACUUGGCAUCGUUUCCCCGUUUUUAGGCAUUGGAGUUAAUAGGGGUGGAAACAGAAGAACCAUUUAAAAUGAUUGUUGUUGUGGGAGUUUUCAGUGCAAGGUGGAUGUCAGAUGAAUGGAGGGAAUUAACAAUUCCCAUUAUUUUAAUAUGAAUGUUCGCUUCUUUGUUCCAAGUUGAUCUGAUUUGUGAGUUCUCAGAGUACAAAGCAGCUUUCAAGAGGACUGUGUGCUCAGAAAGAGGUAAGAGAAGGAGGAGGAACUUCUUGAUCAUGUUUCACUUUUGCAAUAUGGAAAGAAAAUGGCAAUUUCUAGUCCUCUAGCUAAUUCCAUUUGCCCCUGGAUGCCAGGGGGAUUUUGCAAGAGAAGGGAGAAGUGUAGAGCUGAAAGAAAUGUGGAAGACUGUUUAUUAAUCAGAUGGCAGUUUCUAGAAAACAUGGUCUCAAAUGGCAGAUUUGUGUUCCCCAUAAAGCCUCGUUCCUUUUAGGCAAGGAAAGGUUGUGCAGUAGCCGGUGCAGAUGGGAGCUGGUUGAUCUUCACGGUACCUCUUUUGCUGUAUGUUAAUUUGAGCUUCUCUCUCCUUUUCAGCUUUUAUAUCAAAUCACUUUGAGAACUGUUCUCCUAUUUGGUUUGCAAACCAAACUUCUUUCUGCUUUUCUACCACAAAUCGAUGUGGUACCUGGAUGGAUUCCAGUGAAACUUGUACUGCGGCCACUUUUUAAUUGGUGACUGUUACAAACAGCUACGAGCAAUUGGCCUCUUUAUGUCAAACAUCUUUUGACAGUUGAUUAGUUGAACACAGAUAAGAAAUCUGAAAACAAUAAAGUUUUAUUCCUGA